AUGCCACGUAAGGCGGUGCUGCUCUUAGCUCUGACGGCGGCCGUUCAGUUGCGAACCGGGCGCGCGUGGUUCCAACCCACCCCGGGUACCACCUUCUACUGGCAGCUCUCCAACUCAAACCCUAACGUCGACGGUUCAAUCGACACCACUGACCCCGCGGAGGUGUAUGACGUGGACGGAUUCAGUGUGCCGCCCAGCACGAUCGCGGCGCUGAAGGCGGGCGGCAAGAAGGUGGUGUGCUACUUCAGCUUUGGCACCUUCGAGAGCUACCGGCCCGACGCUGAUAGCUUCCCCAAGCGCGUCAACAAGGGGCGAGUCUGCCAGGACCGGUGGUGCCGCAAGUGGUGGCCGGGGGAGCGGUGGCUUGAUGUGAAGGACCCGGUGGUGAAGCGAAUCAUGGAGAAACGCGUGCAGCUAGCGGCCAGCAAGGGGUGUGACGGCAUCGAGCCAGACAACAUCGACGCCUACAGCAACCGCCUCAACGUGUGGCUGCCGCCCUUCUCCAGGACUGUGCGAAUCUCCAAGAAUGACCAGAUCCGGUACAACGCGUGGAUCGCAGACACUGUUCACAGGUACGGCAUGAGUGUGGGGCUCAAGAAUGCGUUGACUAUUGCAGGGGCGCUGGUUUCCAAGUUUGACUGGGCGCUGGUGGAGGAGUGUAACGCGUUCAGUGACUGGAGCGGUGGGGAGUGGUACAAGGGCAAGUACGAGUGUGACUAUGCCAACGUGUUUGUUAAGGCGAACAAGGCAGUGUUUGUGGCCGAGUACACAUCAGCAUGGGGCACUGCAGCAGGGCGGGUGAACGGCAUUCAGUUCCCCCAGCGCCUGUGUGCGGACAACAACGCACACGGCUUCUCCACGCGUCUGCACGACCUAGAUCUGGGCCCCACCAAGUUCCCCUGGGCGGACUGCCUGCAGCACCAGCCAGCGGGGUACCUGCACUUACUGGACCGCCACCCACUAGCGGUGAAGUCCGGAACGUCCAUGCUGCUCAACCUGCUGGGAGACCUCUUCUGCCAGCUGGUGGUGGAGGGAGGGCACAGCGUGGAUGCGAGGAGAGCAGCCACCAUCUCCCUGCUGGGGCUGCUGCUAGUGGGACCCACGCUGCACGUCUGGUACUCGCUGCUGUUCCGCAUGGUGACAGUGCAGGGCACUCCCGGCACUCUCAUCCGCCUUGCCCUCGACCAGCUCGUCUUCUCACCGCUAUUCAUCGCCACAUUCUUCUCCAGCCUUCUCACCCUCGAGGGCCGCCCCGCCGCCAUCCCUGACGUGCUCAAGCAGGAGUGGGGCAAGGCGGUGGUGGCCAACUGGAAGGUGUGGAUUCCCUUUCAGUUCCUCAACUUCCGCUUCGUGCCGCUGCACCUCCAGGUCGCAGCAUCCAAUGUGAUCGCGCUGCUGUGGAAUGUCUACCUCUCCUUUGCAAGCCAUCGUGGUGCGAAGGAGAUUAUCUACCUCUCGAGAGAGAGUCUGUCCGACACGAUGGGGCAUCCCGAAUCGCAUCUCCUCCUCCUCUCUCCCUCGCUGAAGCCCAACGACGCAGCGCAGCCCUUACCUCAGAAUCUUGAGCAUUUCAGGCUGGUCGGACACGAAUCCCCGACCAAGCCCUCGUCGUCGCCCGUCACCCGGCGGUUGCGAGCAUUCGUCUCGCUCAUCGUUCUGUCCGCCAUCUUCAUCGUCGUGUUUCUUUUCAACUUUACCUUUAUCGCGUCCAGCGUGUCUCCGUUAGUGACUUUCCUCGAUAAAGCCACGGAUUUGGAAGGCCCCGAGAUGGCCGGCGCGCCGUAUUUAGGCAAUGUGAUGGUCGAGUAUAGUCAAAAGAAACAGCAGCCGCCGCAACAGCCGGGAAAGCAGCCACCUGCACAGCAGCAACAGCAGCCGCAGCGGCGGCCGUGGAGGAAGCAGCCUGGAAAAAUCGCGUUCCUGUUCAUGACACGUGGACCGCUGCCGCUCGCGCCGCUGUGGGAGAAGUUCUUCAAGGGCCACGAGGGGCGCUACUCCAUCUACAUCCACGCGGCGGACCUCUCCUUCCGCUUCCCGCGCAACUUCUCCGCGCUCUUCCGCGACCGCAUCAUCAAAAGCGGCAAGGUGGCGUGGGGCGAGAUGUCCAUGGUGGACGCGGAGCGGCGCCUGCUGGCAGCGGCUCUCAAGGAGCGAACCAACCACUACUUCGUUCUGGUGUCUGAAGCGUGCAUACCCCUACAUGACUUUGACACCAUCGCCACCUACAUCAACUCCACCGCCAUCUCUUACGUUGACGCGUACCACGACCCGUACAACAAGGCGUUUGAGCGCUACCUGUGGCACAUCUACAUGCCCGUUAUAAGGCGAAGGGACUUCGUUAAAGGCAACCAGUGGUUCAUCCUGCAGCGCCGCCAUGCACAGAUGGUGGUGGCGGACAAGGAGCACUACGACGUGCACAACCGCACAUGCGCUUUCCGGAUGCAGUGGGGGCGCUACUGCUGUGCUGACGAGCAUUACAUUCAAACGCUGCUGCAUGUAA